AUGGCCUAAAGAAGAUAAUUUCACUGAACAAUCACCACAGACCUAUUCAUCUGAUUUAUUCUUUACAAAUAUACAACCAUUGAAUACAAUUCGUAGUCUACAACCAGAGGAAAUACUUCCAGUUGAUGUAUCAGAUGAUAAAGUGAUAAUUGACAUUAUACCUAUGGAUAAUGAUAAACAACAAAUUAGUUUAACUAUAAAUGAUGAUAAAACUGAUGAGAUUCGUGCUAUUGCAAAAUUAGCUACAACUGAUACCCCAUUAGAUGAUACAACGAAUACACAAAUCAUUCGUUAUUCAUAUAGAUUAGCAUAUAUUAGUGGUUUACCAGCUCAUACUGGUGAAUUAGGUGAAUCAAUAUUAUUCAAUAGUACAAAUGGUAGUUUAAUCAUAAUGAAUCCACAUUAUACAACGAAACCAUUGAAACUCCGAUUUAAUGUUAUUGUGAAAUCUAUUGAUGAAAUGAAUAAUAAUGCAAAUGAACAAGAACUAAAUGAAAUAGAUAAUCAACAAAAGGAAUCUAAUUAUCCAUUGAAAAGAUAUCGAACAGAUUAA